GUUGAAUUUUUUUAAACUCCUAUUUAUGGGUAAAGCUACGUAAAUGAUGCUAGCACAAAAGUUCUAUUGCAAAAAUGUAGGCGUAAAUCCAAACAAAAAUUUUUCUAGUCUUCACAGUUUUUACAGGUCACGAGGUAUGACCAUGAAACGCGAGAUGAAACAUUGACCCUUUCCAUUUGGAAGGCUCUGUAUAUCUACUGUAAAAAGUACUGUGGCCGUAUUUGAACAUUUUGGUGACAGCGAUGACAGCGACGCAGAGGGAGGUCUCGGGAAUGUGAACAAGUUGGUGAUGCGUCCCCCAGGACAUAGUGGAAAAGCGAAAAAAGGGCACCUCUGCUUCGACGCCUCUUUCGAAACCGGAAACCUUGGUAGAGUGGACCUUGUUUCCGAAUUUGAAUACGACCUUUUCAUCCGUCCUGAUACCUGCUCUCCUCGUCUUAGACUCUGGUUUAAUUUCACAGUGGACAAUGCCAGAUCAGAUCAGAGAGUCAUUUUCAACAUAGUUAACAUCUCUAAGAGCAAAAACUUAUUUCGGAAGGGUAUGACACCACUUGUAAAAAGCAGCAGCAGACCAAAAUGGCAAAGAAUUCCCAGCAGACAGGUCUUUUACUUCAAAUCUGCUCAGCACCAGAAUCAUCAUGUCCUUAGUUUUGCCUUCUCCUUUGAUCGAGAGGAUGAAGUAUACCAGUUUUGUCUAACAUAUCCCUAUUCCUAUACUAGAUACCUAGGCUACCUGGAUAAUUUGGCUUUAAAGUACUCCUGGGUAAGAAGGGAAAACUUGGCUUGUUCGAUUCAAAAGAGAAAAGUGGAGUUAAUCACAAUUGCCUCAAAUGAAAAGAGUGAGGAACAUCCUAGAAAAGUUGUUGCUGUACUUGCAAGGGUUCAUCCUGGCGAAUCUCCGUCUUCCUUUGUCUGCCAAGGUCUCAUGGAUUUUUUGGUCAGCAAUCAUCCGAUCGCCAAGGUCCUCAGGGAAUAUGUUGUUUUUAAAAUUGUUCCGAUGCUCAACCCUGAUGGAGUCUUUCUUGGAAAUUAUAGAUCCACCUUGAUGGGUAUGGAUUUGAAUAGAUCCUGGAACAGAAUUUCCGAUUGGAUUCAUCCUACGCUAGCAGCUACAAGGUCUUUACUAGAAACUCUUGAUAAGGAUCAGAAAAAUCCCUUGGAUUGUGUCCUGGAUCUGCAUUCUCAUACAAACGCUACUGGUGUUUUUGUUUAUGGGAACACGUACGACGAUGUUUACAGGUACGAAAGACACAUUGUUUUACCGAAACUACUUUCUCAACAAGCUGAAGAUUACGAAGCUGGAUAUACAAUGUACAAUCAGGAUUUGCAUAAAUCAGGAACUGCUCGUCGAUACCUUUGUUCCAUAUUGAGUGAACAUGUAAAUUGUUAUACUAUUCUCGUCUCCAUGUAUGGAUAUUCUCGAAAGGGAAUUCCGGGAAUUUUACCUUACACGGAGGAAGGAUAUUACAGGGUGGGUAGAAAUUUGGCUCGUGUAUUUCUAGAAUAUUACAAGCUCACUGGACUAAUUCCCUCGAGUCUUCCGGAUAAACCCUCGGCGAAACGAGGACGCCAAUCUCGUCAAAGAUACCGUGUUCCUCGAGAACCUCGUCCCAGGACAGCCAGGACUCCAGCUCCUCUCCAUCUCGCCAGUAUGCACGAGUACUUCGGAAAAGUUCCCGUGGCGGAGCCUCGCUACCGAUCGAUGAGCGGUACGCGAAUGAACGUCGGUGUGCCAGGAACAGGAAGUGGCGCCGGGAUUGGAACUGGAAUGAGUGGUAACAGGAACUUAAGCUACAGGUUCCGGAGCCCCGGGGCACCACCUCUCGACAGGAAAAUAGCGGAGCCGAGGCGCUCGGCGGAACCAAAGCUCACCAUUAUCGAUUUCAAUCAGCUGACACGUGGUGGUUUGGACCUGGCCACCGGAAAGAACAGGGCAAAGGUCGUCAGACGAGCCUCACCUCAUCGACUGUACUCGAGACCGGCUCGUAGAUAAUAGAGAUUAUAUUCAUUAUCCGUCAUGUUGUUGAAAUUCAAGGUCGCCACUGAUCCGUGAAAUUGGGAAAAUUGGCAAUUUUUUCACAUUCGAAAAAAGCCCAGAAAUUACAUUAAAUUUCUUCAUUUUUAGUAAAAAAAAAAGUAUGUCCAGUAGUUUUAAAAUAAUGU